UGUAUGUAGGUUGUGACCCGUCUUUUGACCAGUGUUGAGGUGAACAGUGUCUCUAUACUAUGGAUGGUACCUCAGUAUUUUAUUAUUAUAUCUAUUUGUAGGUUGUGACUCGUCUUUUGACCAGUGUUGAGGUGAACAGUGUCUCUAUACUAUGGAUGGUACCUCAGUAUUUUAUUAUUAUAUCUAUUUGUAGGUUGUGACCCGUCUUUUGACCAGUGUUGAGGUGAACAGUGUCUCUAUCUUAUGGAUGGUACCUCAGUAUUUCAUUAUUAUAUCUAUUUGUAGGUUGUUACCCGUCUCUUGACUAGUGUUGAGGUGAACAGUGUCUCUAUCCUGUGGAUGGUACCUCAAUAUUUUGUGGUGACUGUUGGAGAAGUCCUCUUUUCCAUCACAGGCCUCGCUUUUGCAUACUCUCAGGCCCCCAUCACAAUGAAGUCGGUGGUUCAGGCAGCUUGGUUGAUGACAACAGCAGUAGGAAGUUUGGUGGUUGUUAUUGUAGCUCAGGUUCAAUACUUUACAUCACAAGUAGCUGAGUUUAUGUUCUUUGCUGCUCUGAUGGCCCUGGCCACCAUUAUGUUUAUAGUCAUGUCCUGUUUUUACACCUACUAUAACACUAGUGGUCAGGGGAAUGGCCUGGGGGAUAAAGAAGAAUUAAUUAUUGCAGAGGAAAACGAACACAUUCCACUGAAGGAUUCUAAUCAUCCUAAAAAUAAGUGAGCGUUCAGAUUCUACACUAGGAAUAUUUGAUCUACUCAACUGUCCAUUGUUAUUGCUACAUGUAUACAUAAAAGCACCUGUGUUUAUGUUAGUCCUCAAUUUAUUAUCGUGGAGAAUAUAUACAU